AUGGCUUGGGAUUUAUUAAAGGAAAGGUACGAUCAAAAGAGGUUAUUAAUCCACAGUCAUAUAAGAGAAUUAUUUGAAUAUCCAGUUAUACAAAAGGAUUGUCAUGCAAGUUUAAGGUCAUUUUAUGAUACAUAUACAAAGAAUUUACGAGCCUUGCAAGUUUUAGAUGAGAAAGUAGGCAGUUGGGACAGCUUAUUGCUUUAUCUGUUUACAAACAAAUUAGAUAAAUAUACGCGGCGAGAGUUGGAACAAUAUAAAAUACAGGGUGAUUUGCCAACUAUGACGGAUUUUAAUAAAUUUUUAAAACAAAGAUGCGAGGUAUUAGAGAAACUGGAAAUUUCAAAUGCGGUUCAUGAUAAUACAAAGGAAAAAGAUCAAUUUAAAAGUUUUAAUAACAAAUUCAAUAAUAAAAGAAAUUCAUUUGUAAGUACUUAUCAAGCGGGCUCAGGUACGGUGACUUGUUAUUUUUGUAAAGGAAAACAUACUAUUUUUCGAUGUGAAAAGCUUUUGAACUUAACUCCUGCUAUGAGGUUACCUGAGAUUCGUAAAUUAAAUCUAUAUAAGAAUUGUUUAAGACCCAACCAUGAAAUUAGUGAUUGUAGACAUUCAGGUUGUAAAGCUUGUGGAGGUCGCCAUAACAGUCUUCUGCAUGUCGAUAAUUUUAGGGAUACAAGGGCAUCUAGCGAUAAUACGAGGGAAAAUAAUAAUUCUAUACAAUCACGCGAUAAUUCUAGAACCAGUAAUAAUGACAAUCGAGCGAUACAAAAUACAAGUGAAAAUCAAAACAAUACACAAGUGGAAAGUAGUCACACUUGUUUUAGCGAGAAAAGUAUGACAUCACAAGUGCUGCUGUCAACGGCCUUAGUCAAUAUCCAAGACAGGCAAGGCAAAGUACAUGAGUGUAGGGCGCUGUUAGACAAUGGGUCACAAAGCAACUUCAUAACAAGGAGAUUUUGUGAAAAAUUAAAUAUAAGUAUUGAGCCGGUUAAUUUUAAAAUAGUAGGAGUAGGGCAAGCGAUAUCCAAGCUAAACAAUCGAGUGAAGUUACAUAAUAUAUCUUCUUGUACAAGCGAUUUCAAUUCAGUUAUUGACUGUUUAGUUUUAGAAAAUAUUACCGACAGGUUACCUACGACUUCAUUUAAUAAAAAUAUUUUAAAAAUACCAAAAGAUAUUAAAUUAGCUGAUGAUACUUACAAUCGAGCGAGAGAAAUUGAUCUGUUAAUAGGAUCAUCUGUAUUCUGGAAAAUAUUACAAUUAGACAGGAUUCAAUUAGAAGAUAGUAAAGUUGUUCUACAAGAGACAAAAUUAGGAUGGAUCUUGGGCGGUGCGAUUAGUUCAACGUCUAGCCAGGUAGAAAGGUACGCUAACAAUUUUUCCAGCGAAUUGAACCAAGAACAGGCUGUUGAUAAAAUAUUAUUGAAAUUCUGGGAGAUAGAAGACGUUCAUUCUAGUGUAAAAACGUUCCUUUCAGAAGAAGACCAAUAUUACGAGACUUAUUUCAAAGACACACUCAAGCGAGCAGAUGACAAUAAAUUCAUUGUUUCAAUUCCAUUCAAGGAAAAUUUAGCAGAUCUGGGUGAUUCACUUAAGAGUGAUUUAAAACGAUAUUUCUCACAAGAGAGUAGGCUCUUAAAAAACCCAGAACUAAAACGUGAUUAUGAUAGGUUCAUGCAAGAAUAUUUAGUGGUUGAGGACGAAGGAGAGCAACAAUUGGCUUACUAUAUGCCUCAUCAUGCAAUUCUAUGGAUUCAAGGUGGGUCUGGUACGUGCACAAGAAAUAUAGCAUCAUAA